AUGGCUUGCCUGUCGCAGCAGCAGCAGCACUGGCUGCCGCUGCAGCUGCCGCUGGCGGACAGGGGGGGCCCCCAGUGCAUGCAGCAGCAGAUGAAUGUUCUAGAUGAGUUGACGUGUGCUGAGGGGCCCAUGGGGGCCCCCCAGGAGGCCGGGGGGCCCCCUGGGGGCCCCCAUGGGGGCCCCCUCACGGGGCCCCAUUUCCAGCUGCAGCAGCAGCAGCAACAGCAGCAGCAACAACAACUCUUCGAUCAGACAAGCCGCAUGCAGCAGCAACAACAGCAGCAGCAGCAAACAAUGCAGCAACAGCAGCAGCUGCUGCUGCCGACAAUGCAGAUGCAGCGGCGCCAUAUGCAGCAGCAACACCACAUGCAGCAGCAGCAACACCAUAUGCAGCAGCAGCAGCAGCAGCAGCAUCACAUGCAUCAGCAGCAACAGCACUUGCAUCAGCAGCAGCAGCACAUGCAGCAGCAGCAACAGCCGAUGCAGGAGCAGCAGCAGCAGAUGCAGCAGCAACAGCACAUGCAGCCGCAGCAGCAGAUGCAUCAGCAGCAGCAGAUGCAGCAGCAGCACAUGCAGCAGCAACAACAGAUGCAGCAGCAGCACAUGCAGCAGCAACAUCAUAUACAGCAGCAGAUGCAGCAGAAUCAUGUGCAGCAGCACCACAUGCAGCAGCAGCAGCACAUGCAGCAGCAGCAGCACAUGCACCAGCAGCAGCACCUGCAGCAGCAGCAACUGCAACAGCAGCAUAUGCAGCAGCAGCAGCAGCAGCAGCAGGUGAUCUCGGUGCCGCCAAUACUGCAGCAGCAACCCGCGGUCCCUCACCUACCGCUGCAGCACCAGGGGUAUAUGCAGCAGCAGCAACUGCAGCAGCACCACCUGCAGCAGCACCACCUGCAGCAACAGCACCUGCAGCAGCAGCACCUUCAGCAGCAGCACCUGCAACAGCAGCACCUACAGCACCAGCAGCUGCAGCAGCAGCACCUCCAACACAUCCCUCUUAUGGCGUCGCCGCAGCAGACGAUGCAGCAGCAGCAGCAGCAGCAGCAGCAGCAGCAGCAGCAGGAGCCGAUGCAGCAUCACCACCUCAGCGGCGUUGCUCAGCAGCAGGACCAGAUGCAACGGCAGCGUCAUGAAUCUGCAACUCCUGCAGCAGCAGCAGCAGCAGCAGCAGCAGCUGCUGCUGCUGCUGCUGCAGUUACACCUCCGUUGGUUGCUGCUUCUGCGCUGCACGCUUCAGACCCUGUAGGAUCAGGGCCUCUCCCGGUGGCGGGGGGCCCCCCUGUGGGGCCCCCUGUGGGCCCCCCCGUGGGCCCCCCUGUGGGCCCCGGGCCCCUAGUCAGCGGCCCCCAACAGGGUAUGAAGGGGGCCCCCAAGGGGGGCCCCAAGGGGGGCCCCAAAGGGGGCCCUAGAGGAGGCGGUGCAGCUCUUGCGGGCCCCGCUGGGGCCUCUCCCCUUAGGGCCCCUGGGGGCCCCGUAGGGGCCCCCCUUGGGCCCCUUGGAGGGCCUGGGGGGCCUACCAUUGGGGCCCCCGUGGGGGCCCCCGUUGGGGUAUUUGGAACGGCGGGGGGGCCCCCCAUUGGGGCCCCUGAGGGCCCUGUUGGGGCCCCCAUUGGGGCCCCCGUCGGGGCCCCCGUUGGGGCCCCUGUUGGGGCCCCUGGAGGCCCGGUUGGGGCUCCUGGGGGGGGCCCUGUUGGGGCCCCCGUUGGCACCCUUGGAGGGGCUGGGGGGGCCCCCAUUGGGGCCCCGGGGGCCCCCAUGGGGGCCCCAGUUGGGGCCUCUGUAGGGAAGAAGCGAAGGGUACCGUCUAGACCACCAGCCUGUCGACGGCGGGGGGCCCCCCAUAGAGAUGUGCUGCUGCAGGGGCAGCAGCAGAAACAGCAGCAGCAGAUGCUGCUGCAGCAACAGCCACAACAACAACUGUUUCAUGACGCUGCAUCCCCUAUGCGGGAGAUGCAAACGCUGCUGCAGCACAUGCCGCAACAGCAGCAGCAGCAGCAGCAGCAGCAGCAGCAGCAGGAGCAGCAGUAUAACCAUCAGCAGCAGUUGGGUCUCCCCCAGCAGCAAUUCCAGUUGCCCAUGCCUUUGCAGCAGCAGCAGCAACAGCAGCAGCUAAUGCUGCCGCAACACAAGCAGCGAGACGCAGCACUGCAGCUGCAGCAGCAGCAACAACUGCAGCAGCAGCAGCUACCGCCCCCACUGCAGCAUUCCCAUCAGCAGCAGAGUGGGAUCCCUCUGCCGCAGCAACAGCAACUGCAGCAGCAGCAACUGCAGCAGCAGCAGCUGCAGCAGCAGCUGCACCCGCGAUUGCUGCCAGAGGCGGAGACUCCCUCAUACUGCAGGGGCCAGCAGCAGCCAGGUUGGUGUCAGCGAGAAGAGUGCUGCCUUGGCGCAGGACAACGAAAGCACCGCGAGCCAGGUUGGUGUCAGCGAGAAGAGUGCUGCCUUGGCGCAGGACAACGAAAGCACAAGGAGGGGGGACGUCAGUCUACAAGCGCUUCGCGUCCUGCUGCUGCUGCUGCUGCUGCUGCUGCUUGUGCUGCUGCUGCUGCUGCUGCUGCUGCUGGUGACCAAGGCUCUUCUCAGAGCACAGAUAUGCAGCAAGGACUGCAGCAGCAGCUGCAGCAGCUGCAUGAGGCUGCUGUGCUGCUGCAGCAGCGAGAGAUGAAUGUCGCCCUAAGGGAGUUAGAGUCAAUGUACCUGCCGCUGCUGUGGGACAGUGACACUGCAGCAGAAAGCGGCAGCAGCAGCAGCAACAGCAGCAGCAGCAGCAGCAGCAGCCAGGACAACGAAAGCACCGCGACCAGCUCUAGCAACGACAGCAACAGCAGCAGCAGCAGCAACAGCUGCAGCAACAGCAACAGCAGCAGCAGCAGCAACAGCAGCAGCAGCAGCAGCAGCAGCUCGCAGUGCUGGAGUUUGCCUGUGGAGCAGUUGUUUGCAUUGAAGAGACAGCGAGGAGACACUUCUGCUGCUUUAGGGGAGGGGAGAUGGAUCCCCUGGCCGGCGGGGCGUGAGGACCCCCCGUGUCUGCUGCUGCAGCAGCAGCUGCUGCAGCUGCUGCCGCCGUCUCACUCGAAACAGCAGCAACAGCAGCAGCAACAGCUGCUGCAGCAGCAGCAACUGCAGCAGCAGCAGCUGCUCAGCCUCUGGAGAACCGGACCGCCUGAGGCCGCCACUCCGCCUGGGCACCAUGAAGCAGCACCAGCAGCAAUAGAAGCAGCAGCAGCAGCAGAAGCUGCAGCAGCAGCAGCAGCAGAAGCAGAAGCAGCAGGAAAUCUCAGCAGCAUAAUGCAGCUGCCGCCGCCAGUUUGCUUUUCCACUGAACCCAAGUCGGGGGCCUCACCCUUCGUGUGGAGGCCCUUACGGGGCCCCCGGGGGGCCCCCCAAGGGGCCCCUCAAGGGGCCCCCCUCCCGCAGACCGAAGCCACAGACGCCAAAGGAGAAGAACGCAUAGAGCAGCAGCAGCAGCAGCAGCAGCAACAGCAGCAGCAGCAGCAGCAGCAGCAGCAGCAGCAGCAGCAUGGGCAGCCACACAGUCCGCCGCAGCAAUCUGUAGACGCACAGGACCUGCUGCAGCAGGGAAUACAAGAGCAGGAUAUACAGCAGCAGAAAGUGCAGCAGCAGCAAGUGAAGCAAGAGGAACUGCAGCAACAGCAGCAGCAACUGCAGCAGCUCGAGGGACAGGGGCGGCAGCCGCUUACGCUGCAGCAGGCGGACCCGCAAGAACAGAAAGAACAGCAGCAAAAGCUGGAGCAGCAGCAGCUGUUCCAGCAGGAGCAGCAGGAGCAGCUGCAGCAGCAGCAGGAGCUGCAGCAGCAGCAGGAGUUGCUGCAGCAGCAGGAGCUGCAGCAGGAGCUGCAGCAGGAGCUGCAGCAGAAGCAUGCUGCGAGCUGUGGAUCCCCAUUCAAGUCCUUUGUAAAGAUGGCGGAUGGCUCAGCUGGCAGCUGCUGCGGCCUCCUUGAGGCUUGA